GACGGACGAAAGUUUGGAUUAGCUCCAGGAGGAACGGACGGACCACUGGGGAACCAUUCAAGCGAAAACGUUCGGACCAACACCAAAGAAAAUAUGGUAUAGAACACCACACGCGACGAAAAAGCCGAGCAAACCUCGCGCCCGAAUUUUUCCAAAGGCGGCCGGGAUCGGCUCUCGAGUUGAUUGAUGGACAGCAAAGACCACGCCAUUCUAUCACGGUGACGACCGGGCCUUGGAAGCCGUGCGUGGUCAGGUACACUUGCUAGUCUGGGGCACAAAAGUCAUCUCAACCGACUUUGAUGACUAUUACCAGAAUGCAUAUUGGCCUUCCUUUAGCUCAUGCCCUACUGCUUGUCCCGCGCUUGGUUCAAGCUGGCAGUAGCGCGUAUUGGGUACAACCUUCACAAAAAUGGGUUGAGAUAGACGGCACAUGGUCAACUUUCGAGGUAAACCUCGGGUACCCAGCACAGCCAGUCCAACUCCUCGCGAGCACUGGGAUAUCAGAGGUUUGGGCAAUUGGCAGGGGAGGUUGUCCGGCAAACAGUAAUGCAUGUGCUACAGAACGGGGAAACACUUACAAUGCCUCGGAUUCCCAGAGCUAUACAUCACUGGGUGCUUGGGAACUGGGGCUGACGUCGUCGGGCUUCUCCGACACCGGAGACUACGGUCUAGACAAACUAGCCAUGUUCAACAGCCUUGAGGGCGAGACCAUCUCUAUCAACGAUGCACUGAUAGCCUCGAUCAACACAACAGAUUACUACCAAGGCUAUAUUGGCCUGGGAGUCAUCCGCGGACGGUUUGGCGAUCGAGUUACGACCCCUUUAAUUUCUCAGAUGGUUGAGGAGUAUGGCCUCAUAGCCAGCAACAGCUAUGGCUACACAGCCGGCGCAUGGCAUAUCGAUGGCGGUGUCCCCGCCUCUCUGAUCCUGGGAGGAUACGACCCCCUCCGAUUCCAGAGUCAUAACACUGUUUUUAAUCUUAACCCCGACAUUCGAACACCUCAGGUUCGGCUCCGCGGAAUCAACGCCAAUACUAAUGAUACAACCAAGCCUCCUCCAGGCUGGGCAGGCCAGCUCCAUAAAUCUCUGGUCGCAAUGAACGACUCCCUGGUCGUCACGAUUGACACAACGUUGCCCUAUCUCGCACUGCCAGAAUCCAUCUGUGAUCGCUUUGCAGAUGCGCUCAAUCUCACCUAUAACAGCACGCUCGAUGUGUACUUGUUCAGCGGUGAUCAGCUGACUUCUACCGACUCGCCCCUGCGAGCUGAUCGGCUGAGCUACACUUUUAGCCUGUCGAGUUGGGACAACAGUAAUAGCUUCGGGAAGCCGUUGGAAGCCCCGGGGGUGGUAAACAUCACCAUCUCUGGCCAUGCUUUCACGCAAUAUCUGACGUAUCCGUAUGGAAACAUAUUUGGACCCUACGAUCCUGGGUUGGCCUACUUCCCCUUGCGUCGUGCCAAGAACGUCAACGAGUUUGUCAUCGGGCGCGCCUUUAUGCAGGAGGCCUACAUUAUCACCAAAUAUGAAGAGCGACUGUUCGCUGUUUACCAGGCUCAAUACCCGAGGAAUGCAGCGAGCAAUUACUCCGUCAAGUCUAUUGGACGGCCUGCCAACAGCGAUUAUCCAGCCUUUGUGCCGAAACCGUCGAGCAAGGCUGGCUUGACCACAGGACAGACUGCAGGUGUAGUGGUGGGCGUCGUUGGAGCUUCGGUUGGUAUGUUCUUUGCCCUAUGGCUUUGGCGACGACAACGCAGAAAGGCCGCGCAAGCCAAGACUCCCAUGUCGCCUUCGGAGAAGAACGGAGCCGAGCUCUCCCAGGAUGGCGGGUCAACUCUGGGGCCUGACGAACCUGCGGGCCCGCUUAACCGCUUCGUAUCGUUCAUCACUGGGGGACGAAGGCCAAGACGGGCCGGGCCUGCCCCCUUGUCGCACGAACUCGAUGGCUCACGUGCGCAGCCAGUCGAGGUUGGAGCCGAUGCAGCGCACGAGCGCUAUGAGAUGCCAGUUCCCAUAGAACCAGUAGAGCUGGACGCCACACACGAUCACAUGGCUUACGAUGACAGCACAGAGUUCGGGACAGGGGGUUCUGAGCAUGGUAUGAGCCAGUAUGAGAUCGCACGAAGGAAAAUGCAGAGGCAGCUUCAGGGUCCACUGCCUACAUAUUCGCCGUCCACUGUGCCCACAGUGCACGUUGGGCAUCCGAGCAUGGACGGGCUAACCGGAACGAAAUUAAUUCAAGAUAUCAGUUCGGUUGGCCACUAUCGGCCUCCGGACGACGAGAACCCGUCACCAACCGUGUCAGCCCCUUCAGAGGGCAACAACACAAACUCGUUUCCCUCACAGAUACCGUCUCCAAUGAGUCCAAAUCCAGAAUGGGGUGCUAGAUUCCUGGAUUUACCAUCGCCAAUAACGGUGGCUUCUGGGCACUUCCCACUAAGGCGGACCGGAUCUGCGUCAAGUCCCGGGGAGCGUCAGAGGCAUGUGGCUCUGGGUAGAUCGGCGUCUACCAACAGCAGCGGCCAUUCACCGCCACAGGCCACGGCUAGGUCUCCUGAUCUGCUACUCUCACCUACGCCCAUUCAGCGCACACCAAUAGAUGAGAGCGACAUUGUCUGUCUAGGGCCAUUGCCAGAAAACAUCUGUUUACCGAACCAGCAACCCCCAGUACCUCGAAACCAAACCACAAUACUUCCGAGUGACAGCGCAAGCCAGGCCGCUGGAGCACAUGCCAGCAGCGACGUGCCUACUUCGCCUCCCUCGUCACAAUUACCAUCAUACUCACAGAGGUCCACCACACCGCCGGCUGAUCCCCGCCGCGGUCUUCGGAUAGAGACCCCGUCCAACUCGUUCGGACUUAUCAGGCGGGCAUCCAGACGAGACUCUUAUGAGAGCCUAGGCAGUGACUUUACUGUUGAUGAAGAGGAACGCAUGGUUGACAACGAUAUCGUGCGACAACAAAACAGGCCCGCCGCUGAUGCCGAGGGCGUCAGUCCUCAAAGUACAAGCAGCCCGGAGCGUAUCGAUGCCGCAACCGAGUUGAUCCACAUCCCUCAAGUUUCCGAACGGCGUUAUAGCUGGGAGGAUGAUAAGAGGUGACCACGUACCGCAGCUGCGAACGCUGCCUAUUCGUGCACAUAAUACAAUCGACAGAUCCGAUGGCUUUGGCAUCUGGACCUGUGCGGUUUAUUUCAAUAAUGUUUCAUAUAUAUUCCUUGUUUAUAAUCACAAUUUGGACGUUCCCCAUGAAUCAAUUUCUUUAGCGACCGGUAUAUAUCUAUCAUAAGAACGAAGAGGAAGAAGAUAAGGAAACUAUAUACAUGUAUAUAAUAAAAGAAAAAAAAAAAGAAAGAAGAAAAAAAAAACAUUUGAUAAUACCUUGACC